AUGCAAGUCAUGGCGGUCGCUGAUCCACCGCCGGCCGUGAUGAACGGGUCUGAGGACAACGUGCGCAAGAUCACGACCGCCUCCAACAGCACGGCAUCGGCCGCGUUGGCCGCCGCUGCAGCCGACGCCAGCGCCGACUAUCGUGUCGCCGUGUUCGGGGCCGGCGGCGUGGGGAAGUCGUCGAUUGUGCUGCGAUUUGUGAAAGGGACCUUCUCCGACAACUACGUCCCGACCAUCGAGGACAAGUACGACCAGGUGAUCAGUUGUAAUCAGAAGAGUGUGUGCACGCUACAAGUCACUGAUACCACCGGAAGUCAUCAGUUUCCGGCGAUGCAGAGGCUGAGCAUCAGUAAGGGGCACGCUUUUAUAUUGGUGUACUCGAUCACGUCGAUCCAGAGCUUCGUCGAGUUGAGGUUGAUAUGGGAGAUGAUAAAGGAAGUGAAGGGAGAUCAGUUGAGUGACGUGCCCGUCAUGUUGGUGGGCAACAAGAAGGACGAGGAGUCGGUAAGGGCAGUUUUGAAGGCUAAAUUUUUGAAAAAUGCAUUUUCUGAGUUAAGUUCUAGUUAAAAUUGACUCUUUUACUAUAUUGAAAUAGGUCCAAGCUAGAGUUUACUCAAAAUUGUGUAAAAAAUUUUAACUUUUUCAAUUUAAAUUUAAAAAAUUUAAAAUUUUCUAAACUUUUUACUAAACUUAUGGUAGUAAAAAGCCUAUUUUGGACCCAGCAUAAUGCUGUUGUUUGUUCGAUACGAUAUUAAUAACGCUGUAAGCACCCGCUGUGCUCAAUAAUAUAAUAUUUUUGGAUUUGUCCUCAGGGCUUGUUCUAAAAGUUUUUCGUGCAGGAAAUGUAAUAUAAGACAAAAGGCACUUAUCUUUUGUUUUUCCAAAGCACAAAGUAGUAAUAGGGCUAUUACUGUAACAGUAAAUUGAAAAACGUUACAGUUAAAAUGGAAAAUUAUGAUUAUAUUGUAGUAGAACAAAAUUUUUUAUUAAAAACAUUGAAAUACAAAACGUUUUGUUGUGUAUUAGGUUGUUCAAAUAAUUCUGUGCCUCAUUAUUGGAUUGUUCAAAUAAUUCUGAGCUCCUUAACUCUAAAAAUUUACUAUGUGAUGUAGCUCAGAAUUAAUUGAACAACCUAAUGUAACAGGUUUUUGUUUUAAAAUACGAUUAAAUGUAAAGUAAUAUACAGUAAAUAAAUAUUGUAAAGUAAAAAACAUUUUUUUUUAUUUUUGAGUCAAGAAAUGUAAAAUACGUUAUGUAUCUUCAUGAAAAACUUUUAAAAUUUCAGAAGCGGCAGAUCAAAGGCUCUGUUGGCCAGGAACAAGCUCAAUUAUGGGGCACAGGAUUUAUUGAAACUAGUGCCAAAAACAACGAAAAUAUUACAGAGUAAGUUUUUUUAUUAUUAGGUUGUUCAAAUAAUAUUGUGUCUUGUUAUCAAAUUGUUCAAAUAAUUUUGAGCCCUAUUAUUAUGUUGUUCAAAUAAUUCUGAGCCUUAUAUAAAAGCAAAUUUUCAGGGUUGUUAACUCAGAAUUUAUUAUAAAUUGCUUUGAAAGGGGGCACAGAAUUAUUUGAACAACAUAAUAUUGCGACUGUAGGUCAUCACUUCUAUAGCAUGGUGGCUUACUGUUUCUCUUCUAAUCUGGACUAUUCUUUAAAGUUUUAAGCUUUAUGCAAAAAAAAACAGUACCAACUGCACUUUUUUUUCCUACUUUUCAAAUUUUACUGUCAUGACAUGUCAUUUUACAUUUGUUUCGUUAAAAUAUUCAAAAUAGCCAUUUUCGAGACGAAAACGUUAGUGCCAGCCGUCUUUUAACGCGUGAAAUUUCAUAAAUUUCAAAGCGUUGUCACUUCAUACAUAAUAUAAUUGUUUUUUCUCGAACUCAACUUUGAAUUGGCUUCGUAUAACCAGUAAUUGGAUGUUACAAUCGUAAAACUUGCAAUUUGUUACGAAAACUUUUAAAAAAAGUUAAUUCGCCUAAAGCAUUUUAAGUUUUGGUAAUUUUACAUUUAAUUUUGGUUUUUACAAUAAGAAAUUACUCUGUAAUUUUUAUGGUCUUAAUUAAAACUGAUAUUUUGCGUUACCCUACCAUAUUCUACCCAGCCUUGUCGUGUCCUGUUCUGUCGUGCCCUGCCCUGUCAUGCCUUGCCUUGUCUUGCGCUACUACUACCCUAUCUUACGUACCUAGCCUUGUCUUACCUUACCUUACCCUACCUUGUUUUACUCCACCCUACUCUGCUCUACUUUGCCCAGACCUUUCCCCCCCUACUUCACCCUACCCUACACUGCCCUGCUUUGUUCUACCUUAUCUUACCCUACUUUUUACGGUCUUGCCCUGCCUUAUGCAAAUUCUUUCAGCCCUACUCUAUAUCAAACUACCCUAUAUCGCUUUACCUUACGUUACAGUAGGCUUUGUUGUAUUUCAAAAAAUUCAAAAAAUUUUUUUAAAAAUCAAAUCUUAUCAUCUGCCACUUUCAGAUUAUUCCAAAAACUGCUUUCCAUGGAAAAGAAACGACAUUUGGCCUUAACGGCGAACGACGAGGACGCCAAGAACGGCGCGCGACGCCGCUGUAACCUCAUGUAA